AGCAAUAUUCGUGGAAAAGAAGAAAAAAGGCAUUUCAAUGGCGGCUGCCUCCUCCAGCAUUCUCUCAACUCCCAGUGCAGGAAAGCUAACUCCAUCAUCUCUCUCAUGGAAGCUUCCCAUCCAUUCCUCCUUCGGAGUCGUCUCUCUUCCCCGCAGAAACCGUGCCACUCCACUCUUCGUCGUCGUUUCAAUGGAUGGCAAACCGACUGUUCUCGUUGCUGAGAAACUCGGCGAAGCUGGUCUCAAACUCUUGAAAGAUGUCGCAAAUGUCGAUUGCUCUUACAAUUUAACUCCUGAAGAGCUCUGUACUAAGAUCUCGCUUUGUGACGCCUUGAUUGUACGUAGCGCGACUAAGGUUUCUCGUGAGGUGUUUGAAGCAUCUGGAGGGAGGUUGAAGGUUGUCGGACGCGCUGGCGUUGGGAUCGAUAAUGUAGAUCUGUCGGCUGCGACUGAACAUGGAUGUCUUGUUGUUAAUGCGCCGACGGCUAAUACUGUUGCUGCUGCUGAACACGGGAUCGCGCUUCUUACGGCUAUGUCGAGGAAUAUUGCUCAAGCUGAUGCUUCUGUUAAAGCUGGGAAAUGGCUGAGAAGCAAAUAUGUGGGUGUUUCUCUUGUUGGGAAAACACUUGCUGUGAUGGGAUUUGGAAAGGUUGGUUCUGAAGUUGCUAGAAGAGCUAAGGGACUCGGUAUGCAUAUCAUUGCACACGACCCAUAUGCACCUGCAGAUCGUGCCCGUGCGAUUGGAGUGGAGCUGGUGAGCUUCGACGAAGCAUUGGCGACAGCUGAUUUCAUCUCGCUUCACAUGCCACUCACCCCGACUACGUCGAAGAUUCUGAACGACGAUACUUUUGCGAAGAUGAAGAGGGGAGUUAGGAUUAUUAAUGUUGCUCGUGGUGGUGUUAUUGAUGAAGAUGCUUUAGUUCGAGCACUUGAUAGUGGCAUUGUUGCUCAGGCUGCGCUGGAUGUUUUCGUGGUAGAGCCACCUCCGAAGGAGAGUAAGUUGGUGCAACAUGAAAAUGUAACUGCAACACCUCAUCUUGGUGCCAGCACCAUGGAAGCUCAGGAAGGGGUUGCAAUUGAAAUUGCUGAAGCUGUUGUUGGAGCUUUAAGGGGUGAGCUUGCUUCUACUGCUGUCAAUGCUCCAAUGGUUCCCUCUGAGGUCCUGGCCGAGCUAAAACCAUUUAUAGAGCUAGCAGAGAAGCUAGGAAGACUAGCAGUCCAGCUCGUAGCAGGUGGAAGCGGCAUAAAGGAUGUAAAGGUCUCCUAUGCAUCAGCCCGCGCACCAGAUGAUCUCGACACUCGAGUCCUCCGAGCGAUGAUAACCAAAGGUCUAAUUGAGCCAAUCUCAAGUGCAUUUGUAAACUUAGUAAACGCUGAUUUCACCUCAAAACAAAGAGGUAUCCGAAUAACAGAAGAACGAAUAGUUCUUGACGGUUCCCCAGAAAGGCCAUUGGAAUUCAUCAGGGUCCAGAUCGCGAACGUGGAAUCGAAAUUCGCUAGUGCCAUAUCAGAUUCAGGGGAGAUUAAAGUGGAAGGAAGGGUUAAAGAUGGUGUAGCGCAUUUGACUAGAGUUGGUUCGUUUGAAGUUGAUGUGAGUUUAGAAGGUAGUAUUAUUCUUUGUAGGCAGGUUGAUCAGCCCGGUAUGAUUGGGAAAGUCGGGAGCGUUUUGGGUGCAGAGAAUGUGAAUGUUAGUUUCAUGAGCGUCGGUAGGAUUGCUCCGAGGAAGCAGGCGGUUAUGGCGAUUGGAGUCGAUGAGCAGCCGAGUAACGAGAGUUUGAAGAAGAUUGGGGAUAUUCCGGCUGUUGAAGAGUUUGUGUUCCUUAAGUUGUGAUUUCGCCUUUCUUUAUCCUCAGUUUUGGUUCAAGAGUUUGUGUUCCUCAACCUCAAUAAUUAUUUUCCUUUUGUUCUUGUUCUUGUUUUUGUUGUAAUGUAUUGUUCUAUUUGUAAUUUGCCCCCAUAAGUGUUUUGGUGGGAUUAUCAUUUGGUGAUGUUGGAUUUCUAUGAACUUAUUUUCAUUAAGUUGAGAAGAUUGCCAUAUGUUUCAUA